AAAAAUGCCACGACUGUUGAACUGGGCAACGCGCACGCGCGUGCCGCUCAAGUCCGUGCGGAUAUCCGCGUGCAUGAUGGGACACUCCCUGGGCAUGACGUCAUCGUUCUCGUACUACAACGACCAGGACUAUCCGCUAGAGGUCGCUUUUAUUUACCCGCUGGACAACAAGACCACGGUUGUCGGCUUCGACGCCAUGAUAGCGGGACGGACGAUAGGGGUGCAGCUGAGGGAAAAGAAGGAGCUGGACUACAUCUAUGACGUCAUGUGUAGUCACGAGGGUCUACACGUGGGUCAACAGUUUCCGGUCCUGCUGGAGGAGCACCUGGCAUCCGGGAUCUUUGCCGUGAACGUCGGUACGAUACCAGCCCGCGAAACGGCGACGGUUAUCAUGAGCACGUCGUCGCGGGUGGAGAACAACUCGAGCGGCGCGCUGAGGUUCAGGCUGACGGACGGGUUCUGCCCGAGACAGGACAGUCCGACCGCGGGCACCGAGCCAGACACCGACGAGGACGACGGGUUCUCCUCGGUGGGCACGCGCUCCCUCCCCGUCAACAUCGCCGUGACGCCCACGGCGUCCAACUGGAGCCUGACCAGCCUGCUGCAGGAGACCACCCACACGCAGCUGCCGUACGACUUUGACUUCCACCUGCAGGUGAAGAUGCCGUGUUUGCUGUCCGGCGUGUCCAGCCCAACUCACGCCAUCCGCGUGGACGCAGAUCCAUUUGCUAGCAGUGCCAACGAGGUUUUCGUCACCCUAGCCGAGCCGCACACCUUCGACAAGUCUCUGGAGGUCCUCAUUCACCUGGAGCAGCCACACAAGCCGAUCGUCGUGCUAGAACACGGUCAUAGUCCCGAUGCGGAGGAGACCUGCGACAUCAACAGAACCAGUGGCUUCGCAACCCCCAUAGACAGUCCCUUGGCGAGCAGUUUCGAGAUCAUAGAGGACAGAAUCUGCACGGACUUCGUCCACAACCCGGUCCUCAUGCUGAACUACUGCCCGGACUUCUCCGACAUCCUAGCCUCGCACCCGAAGACUUCUGAGGGCAUCCAAGGCGAGUACAUCGCAGUGAUAGACCGAAGCGGCAGCAUGUCCGGAGCGUUCAUCGCCACGGCCAGAGAAACGCUUCUCCUGUUCCUGAAGAGCCUCCCAGCGGGCAGUGCCUUCAAUAUCGUCGGGUUCGGCUCCACCUUCAAGCCGCUGUUUGACGCCAGCGUCCCGGUGAACCAAGAGAACGUGGGCACGGCCAGCGCGUGGGUCUGCAAGAUGAGGGCGGAUCUGGGAGGUACUAACCUGCUGGGCCCGCUGGAGUGGAUCUUCUCGGCGCCCAGACCGGCCGGCAGGCCCCGCGAAGUGUUCAUCCUGACGGACGGCGCCGUCAGCAACACCAGCAGGGUCAUCGAUCUGGUCAGGGCUAACUCAUCACACACAAGAUGCUGGGCUGUCGGGAUUGGAGAAGGUGCGUCACGUGUUCUCAUUCGGGGAAUCGCAGAAGCCGGUCGAGGGAGGGCGGAGUUUGUGACAGAGGUGGACCGGAUGCAAGCAAAGCUCCUAUUGUGUCUGAAGAGGAGUCUACAGCCUGCGAUCUGUGAUGUCAACAUCGAGUGGAAGAUCCCGGAUGGAGUGCAGUUGGUACAGACGCCAUGUCACCUGCCCAACCUCUACCCAGGUGACACACUGACGGUCUAUGGCUUGCUGUGGGACGAGUUCAACGUGGACCAAUCACCGUUCUCGUCUCUCCACGGCAUGAACAGCCGAGACUCGUUCAGCGAGAAGAAGCCAUUGGAGGACGAUCUGCUGAUGGACAUCGUCAUGGGCGUCACCGGAAAUAAGGACCCGGAAGCAGAUGUGACGAAACAUGACGACGAGAUCAUCAAGCGAGACGAGGAUUUGAACGAGAAAGAUAUUGACGAGAACAAACACCACGAGCUUCCGUCCCCCGAUAACGAGAAACCCAAUCCUGGGAAUGAGAACAUCUCCCCUGACAACGAGAAGCUCAAGCCUGGGAACGAGCGCAGGACGUCUACGUCAAAGGACAACCUGCUCAACAGCCUGAAGGAGCCGCACGUUAGGAGCAUCAGCGCUGACGCAAGUUACGUCAACACACCGAGCCCGCUGGGAACAUCCGGGACAUUCGAGCACCUGGAGUGGGACUCGUACAUCGACGAGCGCAUCCUAGCGGCCGGGCUGGAGAAGCGCACCGAGGCCAAACGGGAGGCGCUGCGGAGGCAUCUGGAGAGGAAACGGGAAGGCAGGCACGACAGUAGAGACGGACAGUGUGUGGCCAUCAUCAGGGGAACGCUCUGCGGGAAGGAGUUCGUCCGCGAGGUGCCCUUUGACAUCACUGAGGCCCUUGACCCGGAAGUCACACUGCCUUCUGGGAACGAGGACAGUCCGUGGGAUGACGUCAUACACCAGCUGGCGGCGACCACGCUCAUCCGGGACUUUGAGGAUGAGAUUCUGCGCAAAGGCUCUUCACAACUAGAAGACUCUCCGAUCCACGAGGCCCCCAUGGAAGACGCCGGUUCCUUAAAGGAGAAGAUAGUCGAGCUGAGCCAGGCGGCGAACAUCCCGUCCCGCCUGACGACGUUCGUGGCCGUGGACGAGCUAACGGGGGCCGUGCUGCCGCCAGUGGUGCACAACAGGCCCAGGGACAGGGCAAAGAAACGGGCACAGGGCAAACGCUACGGUUUCUCGCUGGGCCUGGGCCGGAGACCAAGGGCGAGUUUCGACUCGGAUGGAUCCGACGAAGUCUUCCAAGACUACGCAAGCCUCCACAGCUGCCCCUUCCACGGGUCGGCCCCGUCACUCAACCACCUCACCGUCACAUCCGGGCACUCAGACAGGCACAGCUUCUCAUCCAUAGACGAGAGCCUCCUGCGGAAGCGGCACAGCAUGGAGAAGGCGCCCGGCCCGUCCGCCAGUCUGCCUGCGGGGCCAGACCUCCACAGGGCCGAGAGGUUCAUCCUCGCCAAGUUCGGCUCCUUCUCCAAGCUGCUCCCCUCCGGAACCACUCCUUCCAAGAAACCCAUGUACAGACCCGUCCUGGGAGGAGAGCUGAUCCCAGUGAGCGGGAAGUUCGCGCGACUGGUGGAGCUACAGAUGGCGGACGGCGCCUGGCAACUGGACACGUCAUUCUCUGACGUCAUCGACAUCCCCUUGGAAACGCUGUACCGCGCAUGCCCGAUGUUCGACAGGCACGAGCACCCGUCGGGAAGGUUCGGGUCCGCCGAGAUCGCCCGACGCGAUUCCGACGACAACACGACGCACUGCUGGAACUUCGGUAGGAGACACAAGAAAAACGGCACGAACAACGAGGCCAAGAACUUGAAAAAGAUGAUGUGGCAGGAGCUGAACGAGUCCUGGAAAACCGUCUCUCCCGCGCUUUUCAACCAAUCACAGACGACCGCGCAGACGACAGAGGAGAACAAUUUUGGCGGGAACUGCGCGGACGACGAGGACAAAGAAGAGAGCGUGACGCAAGAAUCAAACGACAUGGAGUCGACGAAAUCGCGGUUCUGGGCGACUCUGGUGGCGCUGGGCUGGCUGGAGAAGAAGUGCGUGCGGCUGUUUGAGGAGUGGGAGCUCAUGGCGGGAAAAGCCGAGACGUGGCUAGCAACGAACGAGAACGCGUUGCCAAGGGGAUGGGACAUGCUCAGCCUGAAAGCUGCCGCCAUGGAGGUGCUGGUCCUCUUGCGAUGAGGCUCGCGUCUCUCACCCUUCUCCUUCUCUUCUUCCUUCUGCCAGGUUUGAUACAAGCGGCUGGAGUCAUCUUCAAACAGUUCUGCUCCUGGAAAAACUUUAUCAAUUGUCGGAUCUGCUAGGAAUCCAACAAAAUGUUUCCACGCCAAGAGGACAUGUAAACAAUGAAGGUGGCUAGAUAUGCAGACGUAAUGAAACGUCAGUGGCCAGAACAACUGCUUUACCAUACUGUGUUGUUUUGCAUUUAUAUGGUAGCUGGUAGAUGUCUGGGGCCACCUUUGGGCAUCGGACAACUUAAGGUUUAAUAGAUCCCUGUGCUCAUAGCGCUGUGAUAUGAGCAGUAGCCUACUUCUUGUAAGCUUUUCUGAUGUACCUUCUUUGGCUCUUUCCGUCUCGAAAGACCAUCGGUAGCUUCUUCAGUGUCUCACGGCUACGGAAAGUGAUACAGAAACAUACGGAUGCCAAUGAGAGGUCAAGUGUGAUUUUACAUGUAAAAAAAAUCAAUGAAAUGAAAUGAAUGCAGUUAAGGCCUAUAUGUAGUGACGUCGCUGCCGAUGUUGAGCGAGGACAAGCUCAGUAAUUGUCUUGUGAAUUGAACUGUAUGUAAAGAACGAAUAUGCCGUUCCAAAAAACAUGCUCUGUACAAAGCCUUAAAGAAUUGUGUGCAUUGGUGAUGAAAACCCGUACAAAAAGCUGCAUUGUACAAAGCUUUCACAUGUGUGCAGUGGCGGUCAAAAUCGCUAGUUGUCAAAAGAAUAUUUGCAACACAUUCAAACGCUGCAUUGUACAGAGCCUUACAGUGUGUCGAAAUGCGGUGGGAAUCGCUUGUUGUUUGAGCUUAGCUAUGUGCCUACAGAGAUGUGACGUCCGAGAUACACGGUGAGAUAGAGAUUGCGCAAGCUGUGCUCCACUUUCGACUCAAGUAGUAAUCGCCAAGCAGAUCCUACGGUAUCCUAAGAUAGUAUCAAAAGCUGCCAGAGGAGUGAAGCCG